CGUUUGACUGUUGGUGAAGAAUUCGCUAGUUCAAAAGAAACCAAAGGAAAUUUCGACUUAUACAACCUCAACCAAGAUCAUCAAACCCAAAACCAAGAUUGAAUGAAAUCUGUUCAUCAAAUCUCAAGAAAAUACGUCUUUUAAUUUCGUUUUUCUCUUUUUCUUUUUGUUUCUUUUGUUUAUUUUUUUCUCGAAUCAGAGGCUGAAAGUGUUGGGAAGAGUGAGUGAGCUGAGAGAAAUCCAAGGAAAUUUUCGUUUGUCGAGCUUCUCGUGGAGGAAGUACUGUUGUUUAGUACUAACUUAAACCUUCUCGACAGCUUUGAGAUAUGGUGUUUCUUCCCUGGUUUCGCUCUGCAAAUUCAUCAGAACCAAUCUGAUUUCCAAGCAGCUUUCAUUGUUGUCUUUUGACUGGUGGAGCUAGUUCAAGUUUGGCCGAGUUAACUCUAAAGUUUAAAAACAUGAUGGUAUGGAACAGUCAAGAAAUGACCAGUUCCAAUGCACUCCCAUGCAUUAUGGAUUUGGGGAACUCCAACCUGCGUCUAAAUCAUCCAUAGAGAACCCUGCGAGCAUUGUUAACAUGCAAAGUGAUGGAAGAACCAUGGACCUUAGGAUGUCAGAUGUUAAGCCCGUCCUUAAUUACUCCAUACAGACAGGUGAGGAGUUUGCAUUUGAAUUUAUGCGUGACCGAGCAAAUACCCGGAAACCACUCGUUUCGGACUCUGUUAGUGACCCCAGUUGUGCAUCAAGUUAUAUGGAUUUAAAAGGAAUUUUAGGCCUUAGUUGUACUGGGUCUGAGUGUGGCUCAGAUAAUUCUAUGAUCAUUUCAAUGGAAAAAGGGUCAAAAGAUUUGGAGCAGAAAAACUCUUCAUUACACGGAGGAGACAGAAAUAACCAUGGAUCAGCUCAUCACAAAUCACCGGAGCUAUCAAGAUAUGAUAGUGGUCGAGCAAUUGGUCAUGGCUAUGCGUCUUCUGGAACUUCUGAUGGCUCAUCAGCGAAGAUGAAAGUCCUCUGCAGUUUUGGUGGGAAAAUUUUACCUCGUCCAAGUGAUAGUAAGUUGAGAUAUGUUGGGGGUGAAACUCGCAUCAUUCAGAUAAAAAUGGACAUCUCUUGGCAAGAGCUUAUGAGGAAAACAUCAUCAAUCUAUAAUGAAACAUAUGCAAUUAAAUAUCAGCUUCCCGGUGAGGAGCUUGAUGCUUUGGUUUCAGUUUCUUGUGAUGAAGAUCUUCAGAAUAUGAUGGAGGAGUGUAAUGAGUUCAAAGACGAUAAAGGAUCCAAAAAACUUAGAAUUUUUUUGUUUUCAAUGAGUGAUUUGGAUGAAGGGCAUUUUUCUAUGGGUAAUGUGGAUAAUGACUCUGAGAUCCAGUACGUUGUUGCAGUCAAUGGCAUGGACAGGAAAAACUCAAACCUGCAUGGUUUAUCAAGUUUUUCUGCAAAUAACCUGAAUGAGGUAGAUGGACAGAGCAUUGAGAGAGGUACAGUUCUUAAGGACUUGGUUGGUGUAAAUGCUUCAGCCUUAACUGCUAAUAUUGCAUCGUCAUCCUUGCAGUCUUCACAACCUGUUCGGACAAGUGCCUCUAAUGCUUAUGAAACCUUUGUACAGACUUAUCAUGAACCUCAAGGACAAAAUCCUGAGAUACCAUCAGCACAGUUGAAAAGUAAGUUAAAUGAUUCACUUGAGAAAGAAAUUCAUGAUGAAAGUGGCUGCUCUUCAAAUCCUUCUCAUUUUUUUGAUGGCAAUCCCAUGACUUUGGAUAAAAAAUCAACACCAGUUUCCACAUCGCAAGGUGAGUUUCCCUUCUUAACCACCAAGAGUGAGACAGAGCUCCAGAGUUCUGAAGGGCUUCCUUCGAUGCUUGCUUCUGGAAAUCCUAUAGUUUCUAGAUCCAGUGAUAUGGAUAACAUGAUUCAUAACAUGCCAUCAAAUGCAUAUCCUCAUGGCCAUAUAGACAGUGAGUCAAAGAUUGUUGAUUUGAGUCUCCUUGAGCCUCCAGCUGUUGUGCAAAGAGUCUAUUACUCUGAGAGAAUUCCUAGGGGGCAGGAGGAGUUACUGAAUCGGUUGUCUAAAUCUGAUGAUUCAUAUGGUUCCCAGUUUCUAAUCUCUCAUUCACAGUCUGAUCAGGACCAAAUUCCAGACUCUGCUGUCAAAUUGCAAGAUAGCAGUAAUUACGAAUCUGAAAAUUCCAUUCCCAUGGAAAAACCAUCACAUAAUGCUACUAAAGUCCGGAAUGAUGGGCUUUCCCAUAUUCAAGAUGGCAGAAAUGCUAAUGAGGCAGUUAGUGGAAGGAAUUGGAAUAUUUCACACGAACCAGAUACCGAGUUGAAGUUGCAGAACAACUUUGAUGUUACACAUGAUUCAAAAGUAGAUGGGGUUGUUAAGGCUGGCAAGGACCUGAAUUCCCCAGUGAAUAACAAUGAGAAGCUUGCAGGUCAUAACUUAAGUAGACCGGAAUCAGAAUUAUUUGCUCUUGGCCAAGUAUCCUCUUUAAAGAAUCAUGAGGAUUCUGCGUUGGAUCUUUUGCAGCUCAACUUGAGCGAGGUUGUUGGAAUGAGGUGCACCAAUGAUAAUAGUCUUAAGCAAUCUCAGUUAGCUUCUAAGGAAGAAAUUUUAAUUAACAAUGUUAAUGAAAAACCAUCCACGGGAAAUGUUUCCAAACCAGUGCAAGGAGACAUUGUUAUAGAUAUUGAUGAUCGAUUUUCUCGUGAUUUCUUAUCUGAUAUAUUCUCGAAAGCAAUACCUUCUGAGAAUUCAUUAGAUAGUUGCAGCCAACUGCAGAACGAUGGAACUGGUUUGAGUCCUGAUGUGGAAAAUCAUGAACAUAAGGGCUGGUCAUAUAUCCAUAAUUUGGCACAAGAAAAGUAUGUUCAAAGUGAUGUUUCUCUUAUUGACCAAGAUCACAUUGUUUUUCCUUCUGCUCCUAAGACAGCGGGAGAUGAUUUUACACCUUUAACAACUAUACUUCGUGAAGAUUCCCAGCUCAAUUUUGGUGAUGAUCAGAAAGUACAUAGGACAAGUGGAAAUGAUGCCACCAAUUUUCUUUCACCUUAUGAUCAUUCCCGGACGAAUGGCAUUGAUAGUUCGCAAUUUGAUGCUAUGAUGGAAAACCUAAAGACAUUGGAGUAUAGCCAUGAGAAUGUUAAGGUAGCAUCUAAAGACAGUGGCCUACCUCCUCAUGAUCCUUCUUUGGGAAAUUUUGAUCCUAAUUCAUUACAGAUCAUAAUGAACGAUGAUCUUGAAGAGUUGAAGGAAUUGGGUUCUGGUACUUUCGGCACUGUCUAUCAUGGAAAGUGGAGAGGAACUGAUGUCGCGAUUAAGAGGAUAAAAAAAACCUGCUUUAUGGGUCGAUCUUCAGAGCUAGAGAGAUUGACUGUAGAGUUCUGGAGGGAAGCCGACAUCCUUUCAAAACUUCACCAUCCCAACGUGGUAGCAUUUUAUGGUGUUGUGCAAGAUGGUCCUGGCGGAACGUUAGCUACUGUGACAGAGUACAUGGUUGAUGGUUCCCUUCGGCAUGUUUUGCUUUCCAAGGAUAAGCAUCUUGAUCGACGUAAGAGGCUAAUAAUUGCUAUGGAUGCAGCAUUUGGAAUGGAAUAUUUACACUCAAAAAAUAUUGUCCAUUUUGAUUUGAAAUGUGAUAAUUUGCUUGUGAACUUGAAGGAUUCUCAAAGACCAAUUUGCAAGGUAGCUGAUUUUGGCCUCUCAAAGAUCAAGCGAAAUACCUUGGUGUCUGGUGGUGUAAGAGGAACCCUUCCAUGGAUGGCACCUGAGCUACUAAAUGGCAGCAGCAAUAAGGUCUCUGAAAAGGUUGAUGUGUUCUCCUUUGGUAUUGUCUUAUGGGAGAUUCUCACAGGAGAGGAACCAUAUGCGAACAUGCACUAUGGGGCUAUCAUAGGGGGUAUUGUGAAUAACACAUUGAGACCAACCAUACCAAGUUACUGUGAUUCUGAAUGGAGAAGGUUGAUGGAACAUUGCUGGGCGCCAAAUCCUACAGAUAGGCCAUCCUUCACUGAAGUCGCUGGGCGGCUGCGCGUUAUGUCAACAGGUGCUAGUAGCCAAACAAAAGCACCAGGUCCCAAAAUACCAAGGUCAUAAUGAUUCAAAAAGAUUGUUGAGUUAUUCACAUGCUUUCCUUAUAUAUAUUUGUUCAUUCUAUUCUACAGUCUUGAAAAUUGUGUGUAUUUUUGUCAAUAGAAGGUAGAUAAGUGUCUUUCUUGGUGUGAAAAUAUAUUAUUGUGAACCUCAUAUAAUUCUUUAUUAUAGUUGAUGCAAAAACUGAUUAAGAAAAAAAAAAGAAAAAAAAAAAUAGUCAUAGCCAGGCAUUGCUGCAA